UUCAUCAAAAUGGCGACGGAAGCUCUUCGGGCAGAAAAUCCCGACUCUAUGGAGGCUUUGACGCGUGAAGCUGAAACACUCAAAGCUAAAUUAGAAGAUGAAAAGGCCAAACUAAAUGAUGUUGACAUGUGUGUACUGGGACAACGCUUGGCCAACCUGCCUCCAUUCAACAUCAAGACCCGCCGAGCCCUGAAAGGUCACCAGGGCAAGGUGCUGUGCAUGGACUGGUCAUCGGACAAGCGGCACAUCGUCAGCUCUUCACAGGAUGGGAAGAUGCUUGUGUGGGAUGCCUUCACCACAAACAAAGAGCAUGCAGUUACCAUGCCAACGACCUGGGUAAUGGCAUGUUCCUACGGUCCAUCAGGAUCUGUUGUAGCAUGUGGUGGUCUUGACAACAAGUGCACCGUGUACCCACUGAGCCUGGAGGAAGACCCUGCCACAAAGAAGAAAGCUGUGGCCACUCACACCAGCUAUCUCUCAUGCUGCUCCUUCACAUGUUCCGACUACCAGAUCUUGACGGGCAGUGGGGACAGCACAUGUGCCCUGUGGGAUGUGGAGAGCAGCACACUCAUCCAGAGUUUCCAUGGCCAUCUGGGGGAUGUCAUGAGUAUUGAUCUCUCCCCCACAGAGACGGGCAACAUAUUUGUAUCUGGGGGCUGUGACAAGGUUGCGAUGGUGUGGGACAUACGAACAGCCGACUGUGUGCAGGUGUUUGAAGGUCACGAGUCGGACAUCAACAGCGUCAGGUUCUACCCCAGUGGGGAUGCCUUUGCUACUGGAUCAGAUGAUGCAACGUGUCGUCUGUUUGACCUGCGGGCAGAUCGUGAGGUCAACUGUUACAAGAAGGAGAGCAUCAUAUUUGGCUGUAAUGCAGUUGAUUUCUCAGUCAGUGGCCGACUGCUGUUCGGGGGUUACAAUGACUACACCAUCAACUUGUGGGAUGUACUUAAGGGCACAAGGUUGAACAUCCUAUACGGCCACGAGAAUCGGGUCAGUUGUCUCGGCGUGUCACCAGACGGCACUGCUCUCUGUACAGGAAGUUGGGACUAUACUUUACGAGUGUGGGCUUAGGUAGUCUGAUGGUAGCCAUCGAGAUCAGCACAGACAGCAAUAUAGAGGAAAGUACAUGGAACAACGAGCCUUGGCUGCCAGGCAGCUGUUGCCAUGGUGAUGCACUGCUUGGCAACUAUUGCAGGAAGUCUGGAACCAAGAGGAUGUUAAACCAAGGGUAGCAUCAUGUCAAAUCAGGACCUUCCAACUUGCAACUCAAUUUCGUGCUUUGCAGGUUGUAAAAAGAUGAUUGUGUGUUAAGUGCUAGUUUAUUGUGCAAUAUUUACAGUAUUUUAAAGACGAAUAACAUGACUUGUUUCUUAUUCCUUUAGAUCUGUCAUAAUUUUGUCAUCUUCAUAAGUGAGGACCAAAGCCAUGCAUUUUAUUAGCAGAUUAUAUUUUGCCUAAUAACUAUCACAAUUAUGUUUCUUACCAUUUGGAUAAGUAAGGUGAGAUAUGUUUGUUUAAUUCUUGCCUAAUUUGUUGACAUCUUGUAUGAUAUCUGCUAUGAGAUCUAGGCGAGGGUGUAGCCUGGUGGUUAAAGCAUUCGUUCGUCAUGCCAAGGAUCCGGGUUCGAUUCCCCAUAUGGGUACAAUGUGUGAAGCCCAUUUCUGGUUUCCCCUGACGUGAUAUUGCUUGAAUAUUGCUAAAAGCGGUGUAAAACUAUACUCACUCACCACUAUGAGAUAUACUAUAUGAUUUUCGUUAGAUCUGCCGUUAGAUCUGCUAUUAGAUAUGUCUUAAGAUCUACUAUGAGAUGCUUCAUGAGAUCUGAUAUCAGAUCUGCCAAGUGAUCUUUUAAAGUGAUCUGAGAUAAAACAUGAGAUCUACCAUGUAAUGUUCCAAGAGAUCUACCUUGAGAUCAAUCUCAUUAAAAUCAGAUCUUAGUUCUCGCAACCGCAAUCUGAGGACAUCCCAUUAGGGGUCACAUCAGAACGACCUUUCAUCCAACCAAUCAGAGCGUCGCUUACCAGAUAAUGAAAGUGACAGUCAGAAUGUGAUUUCUAGUCAUGCAACCUUUAACUUUAACUUGGGGUAUUCUGAACGAUAGUUACGGGCUUAACGACUGAAUCCAUACAAUCUAGACCAUCUAUUAACCAUUCCAGAAUGUUCUUUUGUUCAGGUGUCAAAUUUUAAUCACGAAUUUGUCAAAAUAUGUUUCCAAGCGUAGUCACCAA